AUGGCUUGUCAGACCUGCGACGACAUGGAGCAGGAGCACGCGGCGCUGGUGCGCCUGCUGCUCGAGAAGGACGAGGAGCUCCGUCGCUCUCAGGGCGAAGUUGUGCAUCUGGACCGGCUCCUGGAGAGGGAGAGGCUGAUCUCGGCGGGAAUGGCGGUGACUCUGGCGGAGGCGGAGGCGGAGAAUGACCUCCUGGCGAGAGAGGUGGCGGCCUUGCAUGCGGCGGCGGCCGCAGCCGCCAACACCACCACCACCACCAACAACAACCCGUGA